UCGGGUCCCAUCCGUAAUUUCGGAAGCUUCCUGUCCCAACCUCCUUCUGCCUCUUUCCACCUCUUUACUCCAUUCCAAAACCCUCACCGCCCGUAAACAACUAAUGUCACCCCACUCUCACUCUCACCCUCACCAUGGCUGACCAACCAACCCCAAUCUUCGGCCUCCACUUAUGGAUCGUUCUCGGUGUCUCCGCCGGCGCCCUCUUCGUCCUCUUCCUCUUCCUCCUCUCCAUUUGGCUCACUAAAACCCGAUCCAAACCCCAAAUCUCCAUCCCCAUAUCCACCACCCCACAAAUCACCAACGACCCCACUUCAAUCCAACGCUUAUCCGGUAUCGAAAAGCAAGCCUUGUUGUUGAAGCACGAGGAAGAUCAUGGCUACUCCAGGAUCCAGAUUCAAAUGGGUAAGGGUCACCCGCACCGGGUUUUGUACCCCGGUGCGUCGCGGGUUGCAGGUGAGGGUGAUGUGGGAGGAUGUGUGGGGCCUGAGGUGUCGCAUUUGGGGUGGGGGCAUUGGUAUACGUUGAGAGAGCUUGAAGCUGCUACUGAUGGGUUUGCUCCUGAGAAUGUGGUUGGUCAAGGGGGUUAUGGUAUUGUUUAUCAUGGUGUUGUUGGUGAUAACACUCAAGUUGCUGUCAAGAAUUUGCUUAACAAUAGGGGACAAGCUGAAAAGGAAUUUGAAGUCGAAGUUGAAGCAAUUGGUCGAGUUAGGCAUAAGAAUCUGUUGAGAUUGUUAGGUUAUUGUGCAGAAGGAGCACAUAGGAUACUUGUUUAUGAGUACGUAAAUAACGGAAACUUAGAACAGUGGCUUCAUGGUGAUGUAGGCCUUUGCAGCCCUCUGACAUGGGAGAUUCGUAUGAAAAUCAUUAUCGGGACAGCAAAAGCGUUAACUUAUCUUCAUGAAGGGCUUGAGCCGAAGGUGGUUCACCGCGAUAUUAAAUCAAGUAACAUCUUGCUUGAUAAAUUUUGGAACCCGAAGGUUUCAGAUUUUGGGUUAGCCAAGCUUCUUGGUGCAGAUAGAAGCUACAUUACGACCCGUGUGAUGGGCACAUUAGGUUAUGUUGCACCAGAAUAUGCAAGUACUGGAAUGGUGAAUGAGCGAAGCGAUGUUUAUAGUUUCGGGAUUUUGUUCAUGGAGUUGAUUACAGGGAGAUAUCCGGUUGAUUAUAAACGACCGCAGGAAGAGGUAUAUUUGGUUGACUGGCUUAGGAAAAUGGUCAACGAGAGGUGCCCGGAAAAGGUUUUGGAUCCUAAAAUGAUUGAGAAGCCUUCUUCACGCGUUUUAAAACGGGCUUUGGCGGUUGCUUUACGUUGUGUUGAUUUGAACGCCGAGAAGCGACCCAAAAUAGGACAUGUCGUACACAUGCUUGAGUCCCAAGACCAAUCUUCUAUCAGUGAAAGAAGAGGCGCGAGUGACUCGAGAGUUGCACCCCAUGGCAGUCCGAGUGACGAGUUAAACAAGAAGCAGGUGACUUAAUUAGGUGGCUAGUAAAGUUAGAUGAAAAAAACUUGGAAGGGGUUUAAGGUUUGUAUAUGCAUACCAUAAAACUUCUUUAUAUAAAUUUUUUUGUAGUGUAAAAUGAAAAAUAGAUAUUUAAUAGUAUUACAUUUCUGAUUUAUUUAUUUUAAUAAUAGUGUAUACCCUUUUUAAAACCAUGGAUUGUAAGUACUUCAAUUAGUUAUAUAGUUAAUUACAGAUCUUGAAA